AAUUUGCCUUUCGUUAUGUUGGCCUUAGACAAACAAUUACAGGAACAUCAAGGUGUUAUAUCGAAUGGAAUAACAGAUGCAAGUAAAAAACAAAUGUUUGAGACAUUUCAAACAUGGGCACUGAAAACGUACGGGGACAGUGGCAAAACAAAAACUGUGACAAGAAAAAAGUACGACAGAAUUGUGAGGACUUUGACAGGAGAUGAAGAACCUAGCACGGAGAAUUCUAAAUUUAGGUUUUGGGUGAAGGCAAAGGGAUUUAAACUUGGUCCUGGGACAGUGAGCGGACGGGUUCAGAAUAUCCUGUAUGUGCCAGUGAAAACUACGACUGACCAAACGAGCCUAGAUCAUGUCAAGGAGUACAAGCGAGUAGCGAUCGUUGAGGACUUCUUCGACAUCAUCUACAGUGUACAUGUGGAGAUGGACGGGAGAGGCGGUAAACACGCUGGACAGAAAAGAACUUACCGAGCCAUAGCCGAGACGUACUCUUUCCUGCCACGGGAAGCGGUGACCAGAUUUCUCAUGGCCUGCGCCGAUUGUCAGAAACGAAUGCAUAUAGGAAAUGACGUAUCGCCAAAACACAACAACAACAACAAUAACAACGACGAUAAAUCCGUAAUCCCUCGCCACAAUGGCAUAGCGGGGCAUCAACCACAUAUCAUAAACUACAGAGAAAAGAAAUUUCGUGAAAAGUCUAGUCUUUCACCCCUGAAAAUGAGUGGCCUACUGGCUUCAUUUCAGUAUUACAAUACAAGUGUUUCCUCACUGCCACCAAACCAGACAGAAAGUGCCAUUUUCCAUUAUUUCUGUAUUGUUGACCGGCCACGUUAUUACUUUAAUAUUGAAAUGUCGAAAAAAAUAAACGGACAAACGGAUACACCCGUUCUCCAGGAAAGCAUGUCGAGCAUUAACAGUGAAAUGAGCACAGAAACUAGCUCUUCUCCUUUGCGAGAGGGAACCAGUCCAAAGCCGGAAACGAAAACAGCUACAGAAACAACACCAGUGAAGGAAAAUGGUACAUCCAGUCCUGCCUCCAAGUCAACUACACCCGUUCCACCAGGAGAUGACUUUUUCCCACUAAACAUGAGUAGCACACCCACCUCCCUGUCGCCUGUAUCACGUGAAGAAAGCAAAGGUCAUAUAGAAAGAAAACGGAAGUACAGUGACGAUGACAGUUUAGAGACUUCCUCCAAGGCCAGUGAGUCGGGUACCCUGGAUGACUCAGUUGCAAAAGAUGACGAUGAUGAUAAUGAUGACGAUGAUGAUGAUAAAGUUCCGUUGGGCUCCAACAUUGAUCCUGAAAGACUUAAGUCAUUUAAUAUGUUUUGUCGUCUGUUUGUUGAUGAGAAUCUUGACAGAAUGGUUCCCAUAUCAAAACAGCCAAAAGACAAAGUGCAGGCUAUACUAGAUGCGUGUGAUCGGCAGUUUCCGGAAUUUCACGAAAGAGCCCGAAAAAGAAUUCGAACAUAUCUUAAAUCUUGCCGCCGGAUGAGAAGGUCAAAGGAAAAUGGUUGGGAACCACUUCGGCCGACGCCACCUCACUUGACGUCGGCGGCGGCGGAGAGCUACCUCGCUCAGGCGUGUGAGAACGAGAGUAUCAAUGCAAAGAGAAUGAGGAUGGGACUGGAACCUCUACCUGCCAGCGCAAUGCCUAUCACCCAUCACCCUCCAACAGUUGUCUCACAGGCCACACUUUCUACACCACAGAAAACAAACUCAGCGCAGCCGUCUCCUCCCCCGCCCACACGCUCAGAAACAAAAGACAGCGGCAAAGAUCAAGCACGGGAAACUAGCCAGUCGAUGCUUACUUCGACCACACCCACACUGAGUCACGUCGAUCGUCACACUCCUGUGACUGUAUCUACAGCAGACUUCAUCCGCCAUCCUCCUCCGCCAACAGCGUUUAGGCCACCCCCAGAAUUCCCGCCAUUUUUCACAAACGGAAAUGGAUUAUUCCGUCCUGGUUUCCCGGGUUAUCAACAUCCGGCUCAUCACCAUCCGACGGUGCUCCAUAGUCCAAUUCAACCUGCCAGUCUACAAAACGGUCCAACAGAUCUUAGCAUGAAAAAAUCCUCGUCCAAAAAUCAGCUAAGUUCGAGCGAAGUUUCAACAAUAAAACAACUUAUUUCCGGUUACAGAGAAUCUGCAGCCUUUCUGUACAGAUCAGCAGACGAACUUGAACAGCUUCUGCUGCAGCAGAACUAGUCCAGAAACGCACCAGAAGUAAUGAAAAUGCAUGUUGGUCAGGUGCUUGAGUUAUUGUGUGACUGGUUUCUGUAAAGUUUAUGAUAUGACUGCAUUAAAAUUAGGCUGCUUCUCUGUUAGUCUAAGAACGUAUUGUGCUGCAGAAAUGGCUUCUAUUGUUGUCGAAACUUUACCCAUUAAUGUGCAAUAUUUACAGAUAAUUAUCUAGUCGAACCCUCUUUUUGAAUUUUAUGAAGAACAGCAGAAUGGCAGACGAGUAAGUGGCAAGAAUCUACAAAACCUUAUUUUUGAUAUGCUCUCAUGCUGUUUAUGGUACAACCACAUUGUGAUUGUACAAGAAAUAUACUGAAGUCUAUUCGAGUUUCAUAACACACUGACAGCUUGUAAAGAAAAGCAGUAAAAUAAAAUGUAUUCAGUUACACUUAACGAAUCGUCUAAAGCCCCGUCCCCCCUCGAUAUCUUAUAACAAUAAUUUUCGAAUUACUGUUAGUACAUUUUUGAAAUACCUCACUUAUUUAGAAAAUUGUAUUGUCAAUUAUACACUAAACUUUCAACAAAAUCGAAUUAUGUUAUGAUAUCAUUUUAUUUAUUUUACUGUCUCGAAACAUUUUUAAAAGUCACAAAAGUACACAUAAUUGGACUUUACAAACGAACCAAUUUUGUUAUAAGGAAUGAACAUCAUUACAAAAACAAAAUGGCUUCUUUAUCUUAACAUACCCCGGGGAGAAAUUUUAAAUUCAAAUUAGUUAGUUAGUUGAACAUAUAUCAAUGAAAAGAAAUGAUAGCUAUUCAUUUUAUAAAAACUCUGCUUUCAUGUGUAUUUAUGGAUAGAGGUCGUACAAUGGAAAAAGAUGUCUUUGCUCUUUUCGAUUUUGUUGAAAUUACAACAAAGUUGUUUUAAUGUGUAAGACAACUGAUAAAUAUACUAUUGUAAUUUUGAAAGAUAUUGUCAGUAAUAUUGA